UUUAACCAGCUCCCACUUAAAUCAAGAAUUGAUCAGUAUUAUUGUUUAUACCUACAGCCAGGCCAAAUACAGGAAAGAAGAAAUCUCAGCAUUUGAGGGACACAGGAGUGUGUGUAUGUGCAUGUAUGGGCACCUGCAUAUGUGUGUGUGUGUGUAGAUACACACACACACACAGGAGCGUGUGUUUCCUCUGCUCCCUCUGUCUCUCCUCUCCCUUCCUUAAAGAAUUCAGCCUGUGGCCACUAGAGGUCUUUUCUUUUCACAUGGUAGCUGCUGAGCAGUUUGUUCGGCUUUUUAUUUAUUCCUACGUGAGCAGACCCACUACACUUCUUGCAUAUAAACAGUGAAAAUUACAAUAUAAAAGACUUAUUAUUCCUUCUUUUGGAGUAAUUCUGCUUCUGGUCAAAGCCUGGCUCACUGUCCAAGGAAGGGGGACCAUCCUCUGCAGGUAAUUCCACUGCUUCAAGGUACUCCUCGCCUGCUUGAAGAUUGGCUUGUCUUAGACCCCAGCCCUUGAGGCCAAGCAAACAUACAUCAUCCUGGAGGCUGCAGACAUAGCUCACUGUGCCCACAUGUAAACUUCAGCCAAGACACCACGACAGGGACUCUGCCCACUGAAUGCCCUAUGAUUCCUCAAUCCUGUCCUCGUCAUAUCCCACAGGGUUUUGUGAGGCUAUUUAGGAAGAUAAGUUUUCUUCACUGAAGAAACGAGAGACAGCAUGAAAGAAAACAAUGGCCCCAAAGGAGGAAUUUGUGAUUGACAUAAAUGGGAGUGUUCCCUUGGGAGCAUCAUGUAUCAUCAAAAAAGCAAACCCCCAGGUCAUUUAUUUCUCCACCUAUUUACCUGCUAUGAAGAGAAGAUGUGUUUAAGUUUCCUACAGUUUACACUGGAAAUUAAUGCUCUGGGAAAAAAAAGCUGUAUAUUCUAGAUGUAGCAGGUUUCUUUUGGAAUUCAUUCACUGGGAGUCUGGCACCACCCCCUAAAUGGUACUUUUGUUGUCUUUUUAUUCAAGACGGCCAGCUUCUCCCAAGAUCAGAACCACGUGCCAGCCUCCCUUGAUCAACAGCCUCCCAGCAUUCUUGGUAGAUCAGAUGUUUAGUAGUUAGCCUAACUCAUUUGUUUUUCCAAGUAGUAAUUAUGACUACAGUGAAUUAAUAUUUUAACUGCAGGGGAAGCAUUACAGAUAGCUCCUAUGUAGACUCUAGAGGCUGGGAAUGGCCAACGGGAUUUCCCAUACUAAAAGAAGAGGACUACUCCAACCUGGCCAGCAGUUCUCUAUGUCUGAGAUGCCAUCAUUAGAUACUACUCCAAAGACCUAAAGGAGAUGUGUCUAGGAGAAGUGUAUGGUCCUGGUCCUUACCACUGAGGCUCAAUGGCCCAGCAAAAUAUGAAAGUGAGACCUGUGCUUCUAAAGCGCAACAGCCUAGAGUCAGUGGAGUUUGUGAAACAACCUCACCACCGCAGGAGCAAAUCCCAGCAGGUGAGAUUCAAGGAAGAUGCGACCACUAAGAAUCCAACUGGUCUAGCUGAGGUUGACGUCCAAACUCCAGAAGACCUGGCUGUGAUGGGGAAGACUCAAGCAACCAGGCACCAUCAUCCCCCGACCUAUUCGCUCUCCUUCCCCAGGUCCCAGAAGGCAGGGGACUUUCGCAACAUUGCGAUCCAAACUUCCCCCAGUCUCAGGAAGCAUUUCCCAGUUUUCAAAAGGAAGAAACUCACAGCCAGCAAGUCCCUGGUGGAAAUGCCGACAGCAUCCCAAAGUGCCAUCCAGGUCAACGGCAACCUCUCUGAACAGGACAUUGUGUCUUCUGACCUAGCCUACUUAAGGUUGGCUCAGCAUCUUGAGGAUGGUCCUCGAAGGGUCAAGGUGUCCCACACAUUCCUCCCGAGGGUCCCCAAGGUGCAAAGCAAUGGACCUGUUAGCAUAUGCUUGGAAGCAGGAACUUGGAGGUCCUUAGAGAAAGCCACAGCUGCCAUUCAGGUUCCAGAUGAUAUUUAUCACAGUCCUUCCUGGGAAGCUAGAGAGUCUGCUGUCAGCCCAGACAAGUCAGCUGAAGUAAGUAACUCCAUACGCCCUUUGGACAACACAUGUCCAGGUGGUGGGAGAAGGGUGACUCCACCAGAUUCAGAAAAAUCCACCUCCUGCUUAAAUGCCACCAGCGGUGCCAGCCACACACCAGGAACAGAGAAACUUAAACCUGAAUUGCUUUUGCCCAAAGACAACUCAGAUGACAAAGACCUUGGUUCACUGUCAUCUCAGUCAAAGGAAACAUGUAUUCCUUCACCUCCACGGACUCACAGUUCCCCCUCACCAGGCUCCCACAGCCAGCCAGCCCACCCAGGAAGAACCUCAGACUCUCCUUCAUCAAGUAAUAGUCACGAGAAUCUGUUGUCACUCAAAACUAACAGUACAUCAAAAUCUGCCCCUGGGUGUCAGGAGCAGAUGGCAAACAACCCCACCCCUCCAGAGUCAGACACCCGGGAGUUUCCAAAUUGUCCAGGAAGUAAUCACCUGCCAUCCUUUCUUCCAAGGAGUGAGACCAAACUUCAGAGCAACAGGGAGAUUAGUGACAUUAAUGAAAUUCACCUGGCACGGGGUGAACUCUGCGACCUCCAAGGCCGGCUGCAAUCUGUGGAGGAAUCUCUGCACUCGAACCAAGAGAAAAUUAAAGUCCUAUUGAAUGUAAUUCAAGACUUGGAGAAAGCUCGAGCUCUCACUGAAGGGCGCAACUUUUAUCGAACUGGCCAAGAUCUCAACAAUUGCAGUACCUGCCAGAACACGGCGUGCAUCAUAUACAGACUCCCAACAACCCUAAAAUGUGGAUAGGAUUAAUAUUCCCAUUUUACAGAUGAAGAAACUGAGACUCAAAGAGGUUAAUUGAUCUGCUCAAGAUCCAAGGAAGCCAGGGCUCAAAACUAGAUCCUAUUUUCAGGAGACUUGCAUGUCCCUUCCCCUCUUUCCUUGUGAACUUGCAUCAUCAGUGAAUAGGUAUGUUAAAUUUCUCAGAGCUGAUGGAUCUACCUUUCCUGAGGGCUUCACAUGCAGAUCUUCCUGGCACAGAGUCACAGAAGCCAGAACACAGAUUUCUUUCAGAGUUAGCUAUCAGCAGAGAUUUCUGCAGCUUGAUCCCAUUUAUAUAUAUGUGCCAAGAAGAGAACCGGUGAUUUUCUGAAGACUCAACAGCAAGAUAGAUGCCCUAAGAGAAGGGGUAGACUUGUCAAUUUGAAAUAGCUGCAAGUUGUGAAGCUCAAAAUUAUACACUAUACAAAAAUGAGCAAGCUGGUCAUUAGGAGAAAGUUUUAGGAACAACAUCCCUUCCAGGCUGGGGAGAGAAAAACAUACAAACCAAAGUUCCUGUGAUUGAGACUGUAAUUCUUCCCAGAGAUGCCUUCGUAAGCAUCAUGAUUUAUCCAAAUGGACAAGAACCAAACUACCCUCGCUGCAUCCAUCGAUUCUUACAGUUAAUUCUUUAAAAGAGAAAGUGGCAGGAGGUCAAUAAAUGCACCUGGGUUCUGUGGAAACAGGGACCACAAAUGCUCCAACAAGAGACAGAGAAGAGGUGGAGAGAAAUUUGGAAGAUGGUUUGUCUUCAGGGAGACACCAUGAAUCAUUUACUUCUCGGCCAACUUUCUUAGAGUGUACAGCUGAUGGCAGUUUGUUGGCAUGUCUCUUUAUAAAAGAACAGGACCCACUGCUAAGAAGGAAGUACAAAAGGGUUCAUUGGAGACAUCAGCAGCCUACACCAGACCCAAGAUUGCUGAGGCAGAUAUUAUCUUGAAAAGGCUGCCUCCUCAGAAGGUGAGCACCUUCUUUGAGUAUGCAGCCUCCCUACCAAGGCUUCCCUGAAAUUGAGAAAGACUAUUCUAAGGUAGACUGGUCAGCUGGUCCAUAAAGGGUCCCCUGUGCACCCCAGCCCCAAUUUGGAUCUGGUUCCACAGUGGACUGCGUGGUCAUCCAGGAGCACCAGGCCUUGGUCGCCACCUCCACCACCACCACCCUAUACAUUUUGCAAUCAGGAUUUCAUAGAGAUACAGAUUACUAUGUUGUUUCAGUCCAGUACAUCUUAGUGUACAAGUUUUGGGACUAGACUGUCAGGGUUCAGGUUCUGACUCUGUCACUUACACUUACAUGCCCUUGGCAGAAUAUUUAAGCUCUCUUUGCUUCAGUUUUCUCAUUUAUGAAAUGAAGGUAAUAUUAUUUACCCCAUGGGACUGUGAGAAUUCAGGAGAGGAGUGUCAACUUGUAACACAGUGUCUAGAACAUAGAUUUCAUUCCACAAAUGACAGUCAUUCUUCUUACAAUCGUUAGUUUUACCCAUUUAAAUUACCAUGUGUCCUAAUCUAAUGUGUUUCAGGCACUCUCUUUUUGUUUCUUCUCCUUAGAAUAAAAUGCCAGAAAGAGUUAGGUCCUUGGCCAAAAACUUGUCUGUCUUUAAACAAAAAAAUCAAAGGACUAGGUAUCAGGAAACCAGGUGAAUAAACUGGAUGCUUGUGCACCCCUCAAAUUCAGAUUAAUUCCUAAUGCCCCAUGUGAUGAUAUUUGGAGGUGGAAACUUUGGAAGGUGAUUAGGUCAUGAACUUGGAGUCCUCAUGAAUGGGAUUAGUGUCCUUAUAAAGAGAACUCAGAGAGGUCCCUCUCUAUGACAGGACAUAGAGGGACUACAGUUGUCUAUAACCCAGGAAGAGGGCUUUCACUAGACACCAUCUAACGGCACUUUGAUUUUCAACUUACCAGCCUCCAGAACUGUGAGAAAUAAAAUGUAUGUUAUGUAUAAGCCACCCAGUCUGGAGUAUUUUGUAAUAGCAGCCCAAGCAGACUAAGACACCAGGUUUAGAUUCUGCUUGUAACUUACAGUGUGACUUCCCUUUGCCAACUUGCUUGUCUAUUAAACGGGCAUAACAACUUUCCUAUCUUCCUGGGCUAUCCUGAGGAUAAAAUAAAAACACAGAUCUAAAAUACUUUGCAAAUUCAAAAGUUAUAUACAACUAAGAGGCAUCUUUGUAUCUACAUCAACUUUUAUCUCCUUGUGGCUCACCCAACUUCAGCUUACCCCGCCAAGAUCCUGCAUCCAGAACCUCACUCUGUUGUUUGCUCUUGCGCUUAUCUUUUUGUUUUGCUAUUUGUUCCUCAGUGUUUCUUCUUCCAGACAAGUCAUGACUUGGGGCUCUUGCUGCUUCCAAUUACCUAGAAAAACAUCUUUCCGCUUUUCAGCAAGCAUGAUGGCUGGAGCACUGAUCUGUCAGUUAGAUUAGUCAGGUGCCCUCUAGAGGGAAACCUGAAAGUUCUUACCAUUUCUGGUUUACACAUAGCUCACUUUCUAAAUGCAGUGUGGCUCCAUGUUCAGACAUCUCCUUGGAUGUGAAGGGCUCAAAGGCUCCUCAGGCAGGGAACUGAGCAUCACUGAGCCACAGUCCCCGUGUCCCAUGCAUCCUCAGGAGGACCAAUUCAUGCACCUUGAAUGCCCUGGACUCUCUCAAGGGCUCCUGUCCUGAAUCUUGCAUUGUAACAAUGUCUGAAUUACUGUUUGCCAUCCACUGUAAGCCAGGGUUCUGCACGAACUCAGUACUCAGCACUUGUGUUUCUUCUUAUGAUCCUGCAUGGAAUAUAGAGCAUAUGUGGAAUGUGGAUGGUGGAAGAUGGUAAAGAUGGGAGGGUACAGAGAAUAGGUGGAAGCCGUGAAGAGGAGGUGAGGUUAGAAAAGUUACCAGUGUGCCAUUUGGAUCCUUGAGCUGAAAUCCCAAGCAGAGAGUCUGUCCCCAUAUCUGCAAACAACCCUCUGCUAAGAAUUAAUUUCAAUUUUCACCAAGUUGGCAACUUACUCCUUUUUGCAAGGGGUUGCCGAGCAUGGUGUAUAAAUAGCUAAGUGGGAAGUAGAAGGGCAUCUCCUCUUUUCUACACAGCCUCAAGAUAAAAAGCAGAUGAGAGGGCACUGCCCCUUCCCAUUUAUAAGGCAGCUGCCACCAAAGCAAAAUAUACUCCCUCCUCUCCCUUCCAAACUAAACUGUAGUGUGUCAAACAGAUGAAUAAGAAGAAAAGUGGCAAUUUUCCUUUAUGUUAAUAAAUUGCUGUGGCCUAAAAAACAUUAAUCAAUUUCUUUCCAAAGCACACACACUUCUCCAUACUCUUGCUAUUUCCCUGGCCUUGAAAAGAAAGUUACUUUCAAUCCCCUUUAAAUUGUCAAGACUAGUGAGGGCAGUCACAAGGAGGGAGUGGGGAGCUCCCUAAAUCCCAGUGAUUAUAAUGGAACCCUGCUGUGUUUCCAUAGAAACGUAAAGAGUGUAUUCUUCCCUAAUUGUAGAUGGUGGGGUGGGGUGAGGAACGAUGCGGCUGGUAAGGUGUGCAGCUACUGAAGAGCUGAAGGUGGAAGCAAGGAGCUGAGACUGGAAGGCAAAGGACCCAGUAAGGGAAAGUGGAGUGGGCUGAGAUCGUGCUCUGUGUGCAGUGACUUUACCUGUGACUGCGCCCCAUCUGCACAGCCAGCCAGCGAGGUAGCUAGUGUAACUCCCAAGUUAACUGAGCUGUGGAGAGAGAAGAAACUUGCCCAGUCAGGAAGUGCUGUAGCAUCAAUUCAAACCCAAGAGUGUUCACCUCUGGGGCCUCACUCCACCCUCUUUAUUGGGCUGUGCUUCAAGUUGUGACAGUGAGAGAAAGUUUCCAUCUCCUGGUCUUUUCUACCCAGGCCUACCAGUUCUAUACACAUUCUGGAAUCACCCAGGGAAUUAAUAUCAUUUCCUUUUUCAGAUGGGGGCUCACUCUGUCACCCAGGCUGGAGUGCAGUGGUGCACUCAUAGCUAAUUGUAGCCCCAAUUUCCUGGGCUCAAGUGAUCCUCUCACUUCAGCCUCCCCAGUAGCUGGGACCACAGGGGCACAUUACCACACAUGGCUAAUUUUUUAUUUUUUGUGGAGACAAGAUCUCGCUAUGUUGCCCAGGCUGGUCUCAAACUCCUGGCCUCAAGCAGUCCUCCCACUUGGGCCUUCCAAAGUGCUAGGAUUACAGGCGUGAGCCACCGUGCCUGGCCUAUUUUUCUUAAGCAGAUAUUAGGAUGCAUGUAAAUCUCAUCAAACUCAGGUGGUUUGUUGUCAUCGUUUGUUUAUUUGAAUUAUGAAGUCAGAGACACUUUACAUAUAAGGGGAAGAAGGCAGCUGGUGCAUGUGUGUGUUUACAUAAUUUAGUAGAAGCAUAUGGGUGAAAAACUGUAAAGCAGGAGGAGUUGAGAGACAUAAGAAUCUUUUGAAAGCAAUUGUUAUUUAAUCACCUAUCUCAAACACUUUAGCAUUCACAUCUGUCUAACUUACUGUAGUGUUCCUGGAACCUGGUACAGUGUCAGGCCAAGAGCAGGAUGGACUGAUGAUGGAUGGAAUGUUUUGUACCGGAAAAUCAUAGACUCAUAAAAUCCUAGAGGGUGUACACACUCUCGUUGGUUCCAUCUGGUACUCUAUGAUGAAGACUAUUUUUCUGCCACAGUAGGGAGGGCAGGGCUAUUUCAGGAGCUAGGAGCAUUGUGAAUACAGAUGUUCCCUAUCUGUGAACUAUGUGUGUUCCCAGUGCUAGAGGGGUGAGAAUCAGAGCUUGCAACUCACCAUUUUAAAGUCCUUCCUUGCUGCAAUGCAGAGGUUGCAUAGGCUCUUGAUCCAUUUCCUUAGAUUUCCACUGAGGAGAAUGAGGUGCAGGUAGUGCAGACAGAAACCCACUCCACCCCACCCCAGACAAACAAGGGUACAGUAUUGUCUUGUUAUGAUUAUAUAUAUAUAUGUCUGUGUGUGUGUGUGUGUUCUAUGUGUGUGUGAGGGCUAGAUAAAAAAAAUAGAUGACAGAGAGAGAGAGAUAGUAGAUGAUGGAUAGAUUCUAGAUAGAUAGAUGACAGACAGAUUAAUGAUAGAUGAUAAUGAUAGAUGGUAGAUAGAUGAUAAAUACAUGGUUAAUAGAUGAUAAUAAAUAGAUAAUAGGUGAUACAUAGAU